GCAGUUUCCCCUCGAGAAAAAUGAAAGAGAUCGUUAUCGGAUCCGAGAUCGGGAGGAGAGAGGGAUCUUCGCCGGCGACGGAGAAGGCGGCGUCUCCGUCUCCUCCGGACACGCUGGUGGAGCGAAUGAAGGACUUCGGCCAGCAGGACGCUUUUGCCUAUUGGGAUGAGCUCUCCCCUGAAGAGCGCGAUCUCCUCGUUAAGGACAUUCAGAGUUUGGAUCUUCCGAGAAUGGAUCGGAUAAUUCGUUGUUCACUUGGAUCUCAAGGCCUUCCGUUGCCUGCGAUUGAACCGGUGCCGGAGUCUUGUGUCUCGACUGUGGAAGCAAGAACUCUUGAAGAUAGAGAGAGGUGGUGGAAGAGAGGGCUGAAGGCUAUCUCAGAAGGCAAGUUAGCGGUUGUGCUUUUGUCUGGCGGACAGGGAACCCGGCUUGGAAGUUCAGAUCCUAAGGGCUGUUUCAAUAUUGGUCUUCCAUCUGGAAAGUCUCUUUUCCAACUUCAAGCUGAACGAAUUUUAUGUGUUCAAAGACUUGCAGCUCAAUUUACUGAUGCUGCGCUUUCACCAAUUCAUUGGUACAUAAUGACCAGCCCAUUUACCGAUGAUGCCACCCGCAAGUUUUUUGAAAGUCACAAGUACUUUGGCUUGGAGGCAGAUCAAGUCACCUUUUUCCAACAAGGCACCAUUCCUUGUAUCUCUAGGGAUGGUAGAUUUAUUAUGGAGACUCCAUACAAGGUGGCAAAAGCUCCUGAUGGAAAUGGAGGAUUGUAUUCUGCUCUGAAAUCUUCAAAGUUACUGGAAGAUAUGGCUAUGAGAGGUGUUAGAUACGUGGACUGUUAUGGAGUUGAUAAUGUACUGGUCCGUGUCGCAGACCCAACAUUCCUCGGAUAUUUUAUUGAUAAAGGUGUCUCUGCAGCAGCAAAAGUUGUCAGGAAGGCGUAUCCACAAGAAAAGGUUGGAGUGUUUGUCCAACGAGGGAGAGGUGGGCCUCUUACUGUUGUUGAGUACAGCGAAAUGGAUCCAUCAGUUUCUAGUGAGAUCAAUCAGAUAACAGGGCGACUUCGAUAUUGUUGGAGCAAUGUGUGCUUACAUAUGUUCACUUUGGAUUUUCUGAAUCAAGUAGCUAAUGGUCUCGAAAAGGACAGUAUUUAUCAUCUAGCUGAAAAGAAGAUUCCUUCUGUCACUGAUUAUACAAUGGGCUUAAAGCUUGAGCAGUUUAUAUUUGAUGCCUUUGCAUAUUCUCCAUCCACAGCUCUUUUUGAGGUCUUGCGGGAGGAGGAGUUUGCACCAGUUAAGAACGCAAAUGGAGCGAGUUAUGACACUCCUGAUAGCGCUCGGCUAAUGCUUCUUCGCCUUCAUAGUCGGUGGGUUGUUGCUGCUGGUGGCUUCUUGACACAUUCUGUGCCAUUAUAUUUAACAGGUGUGGAAAUCUCCCCUCUUUGUUCUUAUGGCGGAGAAAAUCUCGAAGCCAUAUGCCGUGGAAGAACUUUUCAUGCGCCAAGUGAAAUAACCUUCUAGUUGGCAUUGGCUUGAUUGCUUGGAAAUGUUUAUUGAUGCAAAAUUCUAUUUGUUCAACUGCUAUAUAUCCAUGAACCGGGUACAGUUUUUGUCAUCUUUGUUCAUUUACCAUUAUAACACAUGCAUGCAGUGCUUAUUGUUAUUUAAUUUGUUUACUUACAUGGAUAGAUGUAUUUGAGAAUGUAUACUGUUCAUAAUAAAACAAUAAUCAAAAUUUCCUUUCUUUCA